AUGAGUACAAGUGAGCACCGCAGACCACAUUCACAUGGCUCCCACCCGGGCAAGUUGGUGAUUGUCGGGUCCGGGAUUCGAAGUAUGUCGCAGUUUACCUUGGAGGCAGUAUCUCACAUAGAGCACGCGGAUAAGGUGUUUUACUGCGUCGCAGACCCUGGAACGGAUGCCUUCAUUGAGCACCAUAACAAGAACGCCGUGGACCUGUAUAAUAUGUAUGAUGAUGGCAAGCCCCGUCAUCAAACAUACAUCCAGAUGGCCGAGGUCAUGCUUCGGGAAGUGCGGAAGGGCUUCUCCGUUGUUGGAGUAUUCUAUGGACAUCCAGGAGUCUUCGUGAAUCCUGCCCAUCGUGCCGUGAGCAUCGCCGCCAGCGAGGGAUAUGAAGCCAUCAUGUUGCCUGGCGUGUCCGCAGAGGACUGCCUCUUUGCCGACCUCCUCAUCGAUCCGUCUCGCCCAGGGUGUCAAACGUUGGAAGCAACAGAUCUGCUCUUGCGGAAACGCCCCAUCGCCAAAGACUGCCACGUUAUCAUAUUCCAGGUGGGUGCCGUUGGCGAUUUAAGCUUCAACUUCAAAGGGUUCAAAAACACCAAGUUCCAAAUCCUUGUUCAGCGACUGCUUGACUCCUAUGGCCCUGGCCACCCUGUCGUGCAUUACGUGGCAUCCCAACUGACGUUUGCCGCCCCCAUUCGGGAUCGAUAUACCAUCCAGGACUUGAAGAAGCCGGCGGUGGCAAAGCGAAUUACCGGCAUAUCGACCUUCUAUCUUCCACCCAAGACUCUGCUGCAGCCAGAUCAAGCAGUGGCCAAAUCUCUCGGACUCAUCACAAAGCCGGCGACCACGGCCUCUUUCGGGCCCUACCCGCCCAACAAGCCAUAUGGACCACGCGAGCUGGCGGCUGUCAAAGCCCUAACCAACCGCAAGGAGCCUGCCAACUAUCGUAAGACACGGGCAUCUCCGGCAUUUUACAAAGUGCUCGAGAUGUUGGCUUUGAACCCCAAGGAGGUCUCCAAGUUCCGUUCCUCACGGGAGAGGUUCAUCGCGCGCAUAGAUGGUCUCACCAAGCCUGAACAGAAGGCCCUCAAGUUUGCUAACUCCGGGCUGAUCCGGCAAGUGCUGAAGAGCUCUGCCGACGACGUUGCGACGAGAUUCGUCCAAGAUGAGUUCCGCAACCCCACUCUGGCAACGCAGUAUGGGCAGAUCUGCAGCCAGUACAGGAGCCAGCCCGACGGUAUCGAAAAGAUCACCGACUGGCUGAAGGAACAAGGAUAUGACACUACCCCGGAAGCGAUCGGGACCGCCUACCAAUAUGAGCUGUCACGAAAUCUGGACAGCUACGAUGGAAAGUAUACCACCAACGUGAGCGGCAAGGCCGGUCCGCAGAUUCUCGUGCAGAAGGGGACCGUCACAGUGGACGGUGGCAAUAUAUCGAGCUGGCAGUAUAGUUCAAGCCAACUAACCUGGUCAGCCGAUGACGGCAACUCCUCUUCUGGCAUGCUUCACUUUCAGCUGCUGACUGAUGACAACGGCAAGCCCUUACCCGCUGGAUCAUAUGUCGGCCCACAGUUUUACGGCCUCUACUGGCUUAAAGUCAGCUCCAAGCCUACGACAAAUAAUAUUUUAGGCAAGAUUGGGGAAGUGCCGCCGCCAGACCCGGCGCCCCCGGUCAAGCCUACGCCCAUUACUCCUUGGCUGGAUACGUACCAGACCUACCUCAAGUCCUCGUCGGGCACCUGGGACAAGGUGGGAGAACUGGCGAUUACCGGGGACGAGACCAACCCAAAGGUGACCUUCAAAGGCGCUACGAUUCAAAAGUACACGUAUUCAGACGAGACGCUCAGCUGGUCGUCGGCCGAUGGCAACCCCAACAAUGUCAGCAUCUCCUUCUUCAUCAACCAAGCCCCAAGUCAGACUAAUCCCACGGCCGGGAACCAGUUUUCGGGCAGAUACUGGGAGAGCGGCGCUACUCCGCCUGCUGAUGCCAACCUGUUCGGCCAAAUCGGCAGCACGAACUCCCCGGGCAGCGCUUCCAGCGAUGCGGCGGUUGCCCAGGAGUGGAAAUCUCUGGGCAAGAAUCUGGCGUUAGGUGUUGCAACGUGCAUACUAGGCGACGCCGCGAUCAAGGCGAUCAAUGCUUUGAAGAAAUGGAUGAGCGACCCUUCGCAGGAGAACCGCGACGCGUUAGAUGACGCCAACGCCGAGACUGAGGCGGCGGAAGUCCAGCAGGAAGCUGUUGAGGCAGAGGGUGCAGAGCUCAACCCGGGGGGAGAAGUCGUCAACCCAGGCGAGAUACCCGCGCAGACGGCUGAAGCAGAGGCUGCAGAAGCCGCUGAGGUCGCGGAGGUCGCGGAGGUUGCGGAGGUUGCGGAGGUCGCGGAGGUCGCGGAGGUCGCGGAAGCUGCAGAGGUUGCUGAGGUUGCUGAGGUUGCUGAGGUGGUCGAGGUGGCUGAGGUAGUUGAGGUAGUUGAAAUUAUUCUAUAA